AAUCGCUCUUACCUUGUCUACUCAACACCCCUGAGGAAGAUCUCUGCUGCCUUUACCAAACUCACCAUGAAGGUUGUGGCCAUCAUCUUUGCCUUGGCUGUCCUCUCAGGUUGCCACGGACACGUGCUGCUUCAAGAUGAGGGUAAAACUUACUGGGAAACAUCCGUGGACCAGGUCAAGGAUUACAUCAUCAACCUGAACUCCAAGGUUGAUGACACAGUCAAGAGCAUCAGAAGCUCUAGGCUGAACAGGGAACUGGAUACCCUUCUCACAGACAUUGUGGCAGAGCUAAACAUCUACAAGACUGACAUGGAAACCAAACUGAGGCCCUUUGCCGAGGACACCGCUGAGCGUGUGGGUAGGGACCUGCAGCUGCUGGGAGACAAGCUGAACGCUCACAUGAUCGAAGCCAGGGACAAGUCAGUCCAGUACACUCAGGAAUUUCAGACCAUAGUGGAACACAACGCCAAUGAUGUCAUGAGCAGGGUCAAUGCCUACACCCACAAGCUGAACAAACGCCUGUCCAAGGACACUGAGGAGAUGAAAAAGAAAGUGAACACCUACUUGGAGGAGGUAUAUUCUCGAGCGGCCCACAGAAUGGAGUCAGUGCAGGACCGCUUGGAGCCUUACCUGAACCAGGCACGGGAGCGUACAGAGGAGAAGUUCGCCGCUCUCAACCAGAGGCUGAAAAUCCACGUCGACGACGUGAAGGACAAGCUGCAGACUCGCGCCGACAACAUCCGCGAGAAGUUCGACACGACCACUGAGAACCUGCGCACCACCUUCGAUGGCAAGAUGGAGGAACUCCGCAACUGGUACCAACCUUACGCCACCAUGAUCCGCGAGAAGUUGGAGAAUCCCACCACCGCCUUGUAAAACUAAGGACAAGUUCCCUCGGUGCUUUACCUUGCAACACCUGACAUUUAGGCUGUAAUUGCGCUUUUGAAUAAGGUAAUGUUUAAGUGGCUGUAAGGCUACAUCAAAUGUCUGCAAUAAACAAAUCCACCUUUAUUCAUUUUGCAUCUCUCUAUGAAUGUAAUCUUCACAAGACACUAUUAAAGGCCAUAUGCUUACCAACGA